AAAAAGAGAGACCCCUUCGUCCCUCAUCCUAUCUCACGUUACCAAUCGAGGACUUCUCAAUUUUCCGCUUCCUUAACAAACAUACCCACGAUUCUCUUCCUUCGUUUACAUCCAGAGCAUACAAAGUAGUGAAAGUUCUGAUUAGAAAGAAGACGACGAAGACAAAGACUCGGUGGAUAUGUCGUUUAGGAAAAGACAGGAAUAAGAGCAUCACGCGUGUAAUUUCAGCACCCGGUGGAAUUCCAAACUAGACAGAAGCCUCCAACUCCAACGAAACAAUAUGAAUCUUAAAACUUUCCUCUGCUUCCUUUGCCUCUUUAUCUCUCUAUGUCACUCCUUCGCGGCCCCGAGCUUGCUAUUUCAGGGGUUCAAUUGGGAAUCGAGUAAGAAAGGAGGAUGGUACAAUUCAUUGAAGAACUUUGUUCCUGAUUUAGCUAAUGCUGAAAUCACUCAUGUCUGGCUUCCUCCUCCCUCUCAAUCUGCUGCUCCCGAAGGAUACUUGCCGGGAAGGCUAUAUGAUCUUGAUGUCUCAAAAUAUGGAUCUAAGGAUGAACUAAAAGCACUCAUUGCGGCUCUACAUGAGAAGGGGAUUAAAGUCGUUGCUGACAUAGUGAUAAAUCAUAGAACUGCUGAGAAGCAAGAUGACAGAGGAAUUUGGAGCAUCUUUGAAGGUGGGACUCCAGAUGCACGUCUUGACUGGGGCCCAUCCUUCAUUUGCAAGGAUGACAUAGCCUAUUCGGAUGGUACUGGGAAUCCUGACAGUGGAGAGGGCUAUGACCCUGCACCUGACAUUGAUCAUCGUAAUCCACAGGUACAGAAAGAGUUGUCAGAAUGGAUGAAUUGGCUCAAGACUGAGAUUGGAUAUGAUGGGUGGCGAUUUGAUUUUGUGAAGGGCUAUGCCCCUAGUAUUAUGAAAAAUUAUAUGGAACAAACCAAGCCAGAUUUUGCAGUAGGGGAAAACUGGAAUUCUCUUGCUUAUGGAGAUGAUGGGAAACCUAACCCCAACCAGGAUGCACAUCGUGGUGCUCUAGCUGAAUGGGUUGGGUCUGCAGGUGGGGCUGUCACUGCAUUUGAUUUCACAACCAAAGGGAUUCUGCAAGCAGCUGUGGAAGGGGAGUUAUGGAGGUUAAAGGACUCCAACGGAAAGCCACCAGGCUUGAUUGGAAUAAAGCCAGAAAGUGCUGUGACAUUUAUUGACAAUCAUGACACAGGGUCUACUCAAAAUAUUUGGCCAUUCCCCUCUGAUAAAGUCAUGCAGGGAUAUGCUUAUAUUCUAACUCAUCCUGGCACCCCAACCAUUUUCUAUGAUCAUUUCUUUGAUUGGGGUUUAAAGGAGGAAAUAAGCAAAUUGACUGCAAUUAGGUCGAGGAAUGGCAUCAAUACCAGAAGCAUUGUGAGCAUACUAGCAUCUGAUGGUGAUUUAUAUGUAGCUGGGAUUGAUGACAAGAUCAUCAUGAAGAUCGGACCAAAGAUGGAUCUUGGAAACCUCAUUCCCUCAAACUUUCAAGUUUCUACCUCGGGCAAAGAUUAUGCUGUGUGGGAGAAAAAGUGAAGAAUAAAAAUGAUUUUGUGCUGAAGCAAUGUCAUAAUAAUACCCUAUUACUAUUACUUUAAUGUAGAAUAAAGUUUGGCCGUUCUUUUGCUGCUCAAUCUAAGCCCUUAAGGGGUGACCAUUAUCGGCCACACCCAUAGAAUUGUUGCAAAUUCAAUGAAUAUUGUUAGUAAAGAUGUUGUGAAAU